UGGACGGGACGACGGACGUGUCCGGCAAGCCGGCGGGUGGUGGAGGAGAAGAGAGGACGACGACGACCAUGGACGGGACGACGGACGUGUCCGGCAAGCCGGCGGGUGGUGGAGGAGAAGAGAGGACGCCGACGACCAUGGACGGGACGAUGGACGUGUCCGGCAAGCCGGCGGUGAGGAGCAAGACUGGCGGGUGGAGGGCGUGCCCCUUCAUCCUGGGCAACGAGUGCUGCGAGCGGCUCGCCUACUACGGCAUGAGCUCCAACCUCGUCAACUACAUGAUCGACCGCCUCCACCAGGGCAACGCCGCCGCCGCCACCAACGUCAACAACUGGUCCGGCACCUGCUACGUCAUGCCCCUCCUCGGCGCCUUCCUGGCCGACGCCUAUCUUGGUAGGUUCCGCACCAUCGCCGCCUUCAUGGCACUCUACAUCGCCGGCCUCGCCCUCCUCACCCUCUCCGCCACCGUCCCCGCCCUCCGCCCGCCAGACUGCGCCGGCUGCCCGCCCUCCGCGGGACAGAACGCCGCCUUCUUCACCGCGCUCUACCUCAUCGCCGUCGGCACGGGCGGGAUCAAGCCCUGCGUCUCCUCCUUCGGCGCCGACCAGUUCGACGACGCCGACCCGCGCGAGAUGCGCAGCAAGAGCUCCUUCUUCAACUGGUUCUACAUGUCCAUCAACGUCGGCGCCCUCGUCGCCUCCUCGGUGCUCGUCUGGGUCCAGAUGAACGUCGGAUGGGGCUGGGGCUUUGGGAUCCCCGCCGCCGCCAUGGCCGUCGCCGUCGCCAGCUUCCUCAUGGGCAGCAGGCUCUACCGGUACCAGAGGCCCGGGGGCAGCCCGCUCACCAGGAUGCUGCAGGUGCUGGUCGCCGCCUGCAGGAAGUCGCACGUGCCGCUCCCCGCCGACGCCUCGCUGCUGCACGAGGUGGCGUCGCCGGACGGCAAGGCGGCCAUCGAGGGCAGCAGGAGGCUGGAGCACACUGAGCAGCUGAGGUGCCUCGACAGGGCGGCGGUGGUUGUGGAUCCCGGCGAAUCCGACGACCCGUGGAGGCUUUGCACGGUGACGCAGGUGGAGGAGCUCAAGAGCAUGGUGCGGCUGCUCCCGGUGUGGGCGAGCGGCAUCGUCAUGUCGGCGGUCUACAGCCAGAUGAGCACCAUGUUCGUGCUCCAGGGAAACACGCUGGACCCGCGCAUGGGCGCCACCUUCAAGAUCCCCGCCGCCUCCCUCUCCAUCUUCGACACCAUCGCCGUCAUCGUGUGGGCGCCGGCCUACGACCGCCUCAUCGUGCCCGCCGCGCGCCGGGUCACGGGCCACCCGCGAGGCUUCACGCAGCUCCAGCGCAUGGGCAUCGGGCUCGUCAUAUCCAUAUUCUCCAUGGUGGCGGCCGGGGUGCUGGAGGUGGCCAGGCUCCGCGUGGCCGCCGGCCACGGCAUGCUCGACUCCAAGGACUACCUGCCCAUGUCCAUCUUCUGGCAGGUGCCGCAGUACUUGAUCGUGGGCGCCGCCGAGGUCUUCACCUUCGUGGGGCAGAUCGAGUUCUUCUACGACCAGUCGCCGGACGCCAUGAGGAGCAUGGGCUCGGCGCUCUCGCUCACGUCCAACGCGCUGGGAAAUUACCUGAGCACGCUGCUCGUGGUGAUCGUGACGGCCGUCUCGACGAGGAACGGAGGCAUCGGGUGGAUCCCGGACAACCUCAACCGGGGGCACCUCGACUACUUCUACUGGGUGCUGGCCGUGCUCAGCGCCCUCAACUUCAUCGUCUACCUCUGGAUUGCAAAGUGGUACAAGUACAAGCAGGCCACAACGCCCGCAUCAUCAGUUGCCAUCCACGACGACACCAAUUAG